CUGUGAUAAAUUAAUGAAUAUCAACAAUAGAUAAAGAAAAAAAUAUUAUUUUCUAAUAAUUUCGCAGGAUGUCGCUGAUAUAUACGCUGAUACAAACAUGUGACAUUAAAAGACAAUUUGUUUUAAUAAGUCAUUAAUCUGUCGCGAAAUAAUUAAUUAAAGAAAAAUGCGAUCAAUUUUUUAAUUAUUUUGUGUAAUUUUUUCUUUCUUUUCGAAUAUUAAUAUAUAUAUUAUUAUGUGAAUUUUAGAUUUUUAAAUUAUAAUAAGUAUAUAAUAGAGGUUAUGUUAAUCAAAAUUUAUAAUUUAUAAUUAAAUAAUUAAAACUUUAUUUAAAAAUUUAAAGAUAAGAUUUAAUAAGAUAUGGAUACAGAAAAUUCGAGCGAGAAUUCACAUCCAAUUUUAGAGACUCCUCCACGUGCUGAACGAAAAAGUACCCGAGGAUCGCGACAAAAAGGAGUAGAUAGUAUAACAAAAAAAUUUCUACGUAACUUUGAUCCAGAACAUAGUGAAAGAGAAAAACGAAAACUUCAUCGACGGUUAUAUCAAGGCCACAAAAGACAUGCUAUGUAUGACGAAAAUGGAGUUUAUACUCAAACAAGAGAUGAUCUUUGUGAUUGUUUAAAUUUAAAUUGCGCUGGAUGUCAUUUUCCUUGUUCUAAAUGCAAUUCUCCUAAGUGUGGUCAUGAAUGCAGGAAUAAUCGUAAGUGGACAUAUGAAUCCAUAGAAAAUGAAGGAAGUGAUGUCAUCAUAAAAAAUCCAUUAUUGAAAGAAACUUGAAGUUCAAAAAUCAAAUCAGUUAAAUAAUUAUAUCAUUAUAUAUCAAUAUGAUUAUAUUAUUUUUAUAAGAACUUUAUGGCUGUGCUGUGCAAAAACUUUACUAUCAAUUUUUCACCAAGCUAUAUACUUAUAUUUAUUUUCAAUUUUAUUAAUAUUAUAUAAGUUAUAUACAUUAUAAUAAUUAGAAUAUAAAAAAAUGAUAUGUAAGAAUA